AUGGCAAGCAAGGAUAUCAGCGUAGUGAAACUCUCGUCUAACAACUACCUACUAUGGAAACAAUCGUUAGAAGCGUACUGUGAGGCCAAAGGUGUUUGGGACAUCGUGAUUGGGGAAAGCGUUAGACCAACACAGCCGCAAGAAGGAGAAGGCGAAGAGGACCUGGCCAUAGACAUCGCCAACUGGAAGCGUAAUGACGCAUUGGCCAGAAGCAUAAUAAUGUCAUCAAUGACAGAAGGUAAUGAACACCUUGUUUUAAAUAAAGUUACAGCCUUUGAAAUGUAUACCAAUAUUGUAAACGCAAAAGAAAAGCGUACAACGUCGAAUGUUUGGCAAAAUAGACGAAAGCUAAUUGAUCUAAAGUUUACCUCAAGCCAUAAUAUAUCUAGCUACUUCAGUGAGCUUGAGACAUGUGUUCGACAGCUGAACGAUUUAGGUAUUGUUACUGAUGAGGGUCAAUUAAUCAUUAAGAUCUUAGACGAUCUCCCAAUUCAAUACGAAUCUUUCAGGCAGACUAUUGACAUGCAAAUCAUUGCAGGAGCCAAUAUAAAUCUAAAAGAUCUAAAAUCAAGUUUACUUUUAGCUGAAUCGCGUCUAAACGCCAAUAAGAGAGAUAACAGAAAUGAAGCGCUGGUAUCUCAUUCUAAUAACAAACAUAAACCAAGAAAUUUUGAAAGACGUUGUUGGGAAUGUAAUGGCAAGGGUCACUCACGCUCAUCAUGCAGAAAAUUUCUAGCUAACCAAAAUAACUUUCGCAAUAAUAACAAUAAUCAUUUUAACAAUAAUAAUCAAAAUAACAACAUGUACGCCCAAAACAACAACAAUAAUAGCUACAAUAACCGAAACUUUAAUAACAAUCGAAAUUUCAACUCAAAUAGAAACUUUAACAAUAAUAGAAACUUUAACAACUACAAUCAGUCGAGAAACAAUAACUCUGGUUAUCGAAACAACAACAACUUCAACAACAAUAGACAAUCCAAUUUCGGUAGAAACAAUCAAAAUCAAAACACUGCUAAUAACGCUCAAGCUAAUUAUAACAAUAACAGCAACAAUCACCAGAAUGAAAGUCAUUCUUCAAAUAACAACAACAAUUUCUUGCUCGCUGCAUGUGCCAACUCUGAUGUCCAACCAGAAUGGAUAUUAGAUACUGGUGCAUCAUUUCAUUUGACCAGUAACAUUAAAAAUUUCCAGAAUCUUGAAGAGUUAGACGCACCAAUUCCAUUAGUAAUUGGUGAUGGCAAACAAAUUGAAGGUAUUGCUAAAGGUGAUUGCUUAGUUGAAUGUUUUAAUGGUUUAGAAUGGUCCAAAGGAAAAUUGACUGAUGUAUUGUUUGUUCCAGAUUUGGGCAACUUUAAUCUUUUCUCCUGGGGCCAAUCUAAGAAGAAAGGAUAUGGAUUAAGAUCAGUAGAAGAUUCAACUGAAAUCUUUGACCCAAAGACAAACAAAACAAUUGUCAAAGCAAAUGAAACAGGGAAUACAUUUAAACUUGAAAUGAGAGUAUUACAAAAGGAUUGUCAUCAUGCUUUAACUGCUAAAUCAUAUACCUUAAUGGAUUGGCAUCGGAGACUUGCUCACAUUAAUGUAUAUAAGAUAAUUGAGAUGAGCAAACAGGGUUUACUUCCACCUAUUACAACUGAUGAUAAACUAAGUGAAUUU